UCUGAAGGACGAAUAUGUCUGUGUCAUAGAUGCAAGACAUAUGAGGACUGCUGUGGCACGCAAUGCUGUGUUCGAGCCCUUUCUGUUCAGAGGAUAUGGUAUUUCUGGCUGCUGCUGAUAAUUGGCAUUUUGUGCUGCUGCAGUACUGGGUACUUCAUCCGCAGGCGUGUCCACCCUUACCCUCCACCUGAGGGACCUGAUUUUAACGUGUCCUUUACCAGACACCCCAUCAUAACUCCAGGAUUGCGUCAGGCUGGCUUUCACAAUUAUGGAGACUCGGAGACUGCAGUCAUCUCCACCGUCUACCCAGUGCAGACACACCCCGGUCACGUGACUGCAGUGUAUUCAGCCCUGCCGUCCUACUACAGCCAGCCCCCUCCUUCCUAUGAUCAGGUCAUGCAGGACUCGCAGAAGAAAUAAACAGACUUUUCUUAUUCAAUCCGUGAGGUGAAAGAAAGAAAGAAACGGAAGAAGCUCAAUAACUCAGGCAUGACUGGAAGAAAACAAACUUACAAACUGGAGCAGAAGUACGAGUACAAAAACUAGAAGUUAAAGACGUUGAAACGCCUCCAUCUUUCUCUCAGCAUACAAGACUGUUGGCGACUCAUGGUUCCUCAUCUGUGGUCGCAGAAAGUGCACUUAAGUUUUCAAUGUCAGAACUGAAGUAUAUGUUUAUAAGCAUAACAGGUUAUACAUAAGCUUUCACGUUAGGGAUUAUAGCAGAUCAGUUUAAGAAUAGUAACAACAAACAGCCUCAACAAACUGCUUGUUUUA